AUGCUUCCUCAUAUUAGUGAUUCAGCUCCCCUGCGCCCUCAAGGCGGAAAAAGAACGGAUUGCCCGCAAUCUGAAUCUGCAACAUACGACAUCAUCAUAUACGGGUCCACCCCAGCAGCCCUUGCUGCGGCCAUUCAGACGACACGCAUGAACAGAACCGUUGCGAUUGUAUCUCCGACCAGUCAUAUUGGCGGCAUGACCGUAUCUGGCCUUGGCUGGACGGACUCCAAGAAUGGAAAUGCUAUCGGGGGCAUUGCGAGAGAGUUCUACAGUCGGGUAUACCAGUACUAUGAAUCCGAUUCUGCAUGGUCCAGAGAGACAAGAUCGCAGUACAUAGCCAAAAACAUAGCUGCUCAGCCAGGGCCCGCGGUAGACGAAUCUCAGCAGGUACAAUGGACGUUCGAGCCCCAUGUAGCGGAGAGCAUAUUCGAGGACUGGAUGAAGGAGUUGAAGAUACCCAUUUUCCGGAAUGAGACUAUUAUCCCGUCAGCCGGUAGUGUCACAAUCAAAAACAACCGGAUUACCUCCAUCAAGACGCAUUCAGGCCAUGUAUACGACGCAUUGAUGUUCAUGGAUACUAGCUAUGAGGGGGACUUCAUGGCUGCGGCUCAAAUUUCCUACAGUAUUGGCCGCGAAGCUCGAUCAGAUUUCGACGAGUCGUUAGCAGGGGUGUUGAUUGCCGCGGAGGAAGGCUAUCUCGGGAUGUCACCAUACCUUACACCCGAUGAUCCCAACAGCGGGCUUAUAAAGGGGAUCGACCAUAUUGUUGCGGCCGGGGACGUCCAGAAAAUCAAUGGUACAGCCGACAAUUUUCGGCUUCAAGCAUUCAACUAUCGACUUAGUUUGACUCAGAUAACUGACAACCAAGUGCCCUUUUCUAAACCGGAUGACUAUGACGAAGAUCUGUAUGAGAUUCUACUCCGCUACAUCGAAGCCGGCUACCAUGAUCUAUUUUUCACAAAGCAGCUUAUGCCGAACCUCAAGACAGACACCAACUCGAACGGCGGGGUAAGCACUGACUUCCUUGGUGGAAAUUAUGACCCAGUCAAGAAAACAAACUACAUCGAGGAGAGCUUCGCAGACCGCGCAGCUAUCGCUCAAAACUACAAAACAUAUACACAGGGCUUUUUCUGGACGCUUGCCAACCAUCCGCGAGUCCCUCAGCGAUUUAGGGAUUCCGCAAGCACUUGGGGAUACGCCAAAGAUGAAUGGACCUCGAACGGAAACUGGCCUUACGAAAUCUACAUCCGGGAAGCAAGACGCAUGCAGGGAAAUUACACUAUGAAACAAAGCGACGUACAGAGUCCUCAAACAUUCCCCGAGGACAGCAUCAUCGGCCUCGGAUCCUACACGCUUGACUCGCACGAAGUGGAGAGAGUCGUUGUUGACUCGGGGAUUCGUAAUGAAGGAUUGGUGCAUACUCCGGUUCCGCAGCCCUUCCCCAUUCCGUUCGGGAGUAUUAUUCCUCGCUCUACCGAGGCCGUCAACUUUCUCAACCCAGUCACGAUGAGCAGCACGCAUGUGGCCUUUGCAGCAAUUCGGAUGGAACCAACGUAUAUGAUCAUGGGACAAAGCGCGGCGACGGCUGCCGUAAUGGCGAUUGAGCAAUGUGUCAACAUUCAGGAUGUGGACAGAGCUGAGCUAAGCAGCAGGUUGGCACAAGACAAGCAGGUAUUGUCACUAUAG